AAGUUUACGCAGGCGCACCGCAGCCGCGGGGGGCGGAGCUGGUCGGAAUGAGUGGCGGAGGGUCAGAGAUGGCUGUGGGGUGUGAGGCCCCCCUGGGCGGCGGCGACAAGAAGAGGGACUCGCUAGGGACUGCAGGCUCGCCAGCUCACCUCAUUAUUAAGGAUCUUGGAGAAAUUCAUUCAAGGCUUUUAGAUCACAGACCAGUUAUUCAAGGUGAAACUCGUUAUUUCGUGAAAGAAUUUGAAGAAAAACGUGGUCUUCGAGAAAUGCGAGUUCUUGAAAAUUUGAAGAAUAUGAUCCAUGAAACAAAUGAACAUACUCUUAGUAAAUGUAGAGAAUCAAUGCAAGACAACUUAAACCAAGUUCUCCAGAGAUUGCAAGCAGCUACUGACUCAGUCUGUAGACUCCAACAGAGGGAGCAGGAACGUAAAAAGAUUUAUAAUGACCAUUUAAUAGCUAAUGAAAAACAGCAUGUAACCCAGUGGGAGGAUUUCAUGAAAGAACAAUACAACAAACAGGCUGAAGUGGAUGAAGAGCACAGAAAAGCUAUGGAGAGGCUUAAAGAACAAUAUGCCGAGAUGGAGAAGGACCUAGCAAAAUUUUCAACCUUUUAAGAACUUGAACCACAAUAAUAACAAACCAAUGAGAAAACAUUGACUUCCCCCAAAAAACUGUUCCCGCCAAACCAUUUAGCCUCUGCUUCAAGCUCAACAGUAUAUUCAGUGGCACUCUUAUAUCGAAAGAAACUUUUACUGGAGUCUUCAUUAAAUGUUUAAUGGAAGAGUGCUACAUUUUUUUCAGUUUUAAGUGCCUAUAUAUGAUUGUUUGAAGGGGCAGGAGUAGGAGGGGAAAAUGAGAUAAAUUUACUCUUUGUUAAUGAGAAUUGGUCUUCUUUUCCAUUGAUUAUCUCAGAACUGUAAGUAUAGACUUAGAAAAAUAAUUAAGUCAUUCUUAUACAGGGUUAAUAUUAGUUAUUGUGGCUUAGAAAGCAUAUAAAAUAGCUGCCUGUUAUAGCCUCUAUGGCUAUUGGAAAAUAUAUAAAGUGUUAUUUCAUGAGUAAGCAGACAAAAACAACUGUCCAUGAAACAGAGAUCACAUUUAAGAGAGGUGAGAGUCAAAACCUUGUCUCCACUGUGGCACAGAUGGCCAUGUUGGUCUUUGAAACGCCUUUUGGGAAAGGUUACAGAUUUUGUAUUUUGCAGUGCAGCAUAAUGCCACGUAUUUCACUGGAUGGCAAGAUAGGCUUAAGUUUUGUGGCCUUCCAGCACUUAAUGUAUUCAGGUUUUAAAACAUGCUUAGAAGGAAAACUUACCAAAAAUAUAGUUGACUUUUAGCCUUUCAAAGAACUGUAAUCUUGCCCAGAGUAUUUACCUCAUUUUUGUGUCUUUUGCUGUGGGUAAGCUUUGUAAGAUAAAAAUAUCUAUACCUGUGUCAGCUGUUCAGUGAGUAAUUAGCAAAAUCUGCCAAGGAGUCCCUCUGGAACCAGAGAAAGAUUCUGGUUCUGAGUAUACCAGAGGUAUUUGUCCACAUGGCAAAUGAUCUGUGUUAAAUGUAAGUCCUUUUUAGUGUUUAAUAUCUGUUCUCAUAAGCAAGUGUAUUAUGAUGAAACGUAUACCAAUUCUAUCAUCACUGUGAUCUUUAAAAAAAUCUGUAGUUGAUAGUUUAAUGGAGGAACUAAGCUGAUUUUUUAUUUGCCAUAAAUCUUGAGAAGCAAGAUUAAAUGCAAUAAUUUCAAGAGUUUUAUGACAAAUGAAUUUGAGGUAUGGAUAAAUCUUUUAAAUAUUUUGUAUUGCUCUUCAGUAAAGAAAGGCACAAGAAAGAAAAUACCCAGCUCUGUCAUAUUAUCUCAGCGUUGCUAGUGCAGAAAGCUAACAAUGCUUACUUGUGUAAAUUUAUGGCUUACUGUCAAAGCUUCAUUCUUGGCUGCAUGUUGAAAAUGUGAUUAAAGUUAAUAGAGGAGAUGAAAUAAGUAUUUGAGAUUUCUUUCAAUAACACUGAACUUCUGCCAACUUUCUCCGUCCGCUACUGUAGGCUUGACAGGUUCAUCAAUCAUUCUCUGGUACCUGGACUAAAAAGAGCACUUGCUGACACUAAGGCAUGUUGGAAUUUUCUUAAUUCUCUUUCAGUGAAUGUGGGGAAAAAUACUUCUAAAAAUAUCCCACACAUGAAAAGGGAGGGGAACUUAAAUGUACCAUAGGCUGUAUUUGGAAUGUUAUUAAUUGCCACUGCACAUUUGAACAGAUGCUGUAACCAAGAAAUCAGGACUGUUUGAGCAAGAAUGUACUUUUAACUGUGGUUACUCAACUUGUGCAACAAGGAUUUCUGAUAGCGUUUGUUCAUCUCAUAUGAAUAAUAAAUACCGUAUGACUUUGUA